AUGAAGGACCUAAAUCCAGAAAUGGGAAAAUCCGCUACGACUAAAGGCCCUUCUCAAGACAAUAGAGGCAUGGUUGAUAUAGUAACGCUGCCUAAUUUUCCUUGUAACCGCAGUGUGACUCCUCAUGAGGAGAUUAAUCUGGCGCCCUCCAAAAUGGAAACUCCAAGAAUACUCAAUAUGACUAUGAUACCUGAUUAUUUACAAAAAGAGAACUUUUCUCCAGAUUUUUCUUCUGCCACUGUUUCUGCAAAGUCAUCCCCUGUGAACGUUACUCAUGACGAGUCGCUUUCAUUGGGAACCAUUGGAUCGAAUAAUGCAAAAAGCUCUAAGUAUGCGGUUCAACGGCAACAGCAGCAGCAGCAGCAACAACAACAACAACAACAACAAGUGGCAGAUUUCAUAGAGAAUAAUAUACAGUUACUUUCUUCAGAAACUCUGAAUUUUAGAUCAGACAUCAUGAAAUCUUUGGAGCUUCCCAUUCCCAGGAGAAGAGAUAUUAAGGGAAACCAUCUAUCUAAAUUAUUGUUUGCUAAAUCACCUCUAACUAUCAACACAUAUUGUCAAUUUUAUGACCGUAAAACCAAGCGAAUUUGCAAUCAAGAAAUGAUAUGGAAGGAUAAGAACAGUAGGGAAAAGCAUGGCUCAAGAAAGUAUCAAAGGCAUUUGAGUAAAGUUCAUGACGUUCAACUGACACCAAAUAAUUUCACUGAAUUUUUUGAUCAUAAUUCCCCACUUUUCCAGGAAUGCUAUGACUAUCAAUCUAGAUUGAUGGGUGAUCUACUUGUUGAGCCAGAUACCAAACCCAAAGAGAAGAAGAAAAAACAAAAAGAGAAUGCCAACAGAAAUCUUCCCGAAACUGGACAGAGCCUUAUCAAUUACCAGGUUCAACAGCAGAACGUCCGAGAACUUCAAUCAAAAAUAGCUAUGAACGACUUGAUAGAGAUCCUUAUCGAUUUAAACAUUCCAUUUUCUGUCUUAGAUUACCAACCAAUGAGAAAUUGGCUUAUCAAAUAUUCAAUAAUUUCAACAGAUACUUUACCGGAUGAAGUAUACUUCAAAACUGAUCCAGACGUGAAUGAGCUGGAACACAAUAGCAAUAGUUUAAAUAAUAACAAUAACGGCACACCUCAUAAUCAUAAUCAAAACCAACAUACCAAUUAA